GUCCGUGCUGGAUGCUGCGAGCAUCCUCCUCCUCCUCGUGACGUCAGCACGCAGCAUCAACUGCGAGUCCGCGGUCGGCGAGUCUUCUCCAGGUCGCACACAGACGGAGGAGUGUUACGCCUCAACAUACAGCUGCUAGCCGCAUACGCUGGAGAAGAUGGCUGCCCAGGAAUUGCAGCCCAACGAGACGCUGGCGACGCUGAAGUCGGAGUCCGAUAACUUGAAGACCAAACUGGAGGAGGAGAGGGCGAAGUUACACGAUGUCGAACUGCACCAGGUGGCGGAGAAGAUGGAGGCGCUCGGGCAGUUCGUCAUGAAGACCCGGAGAACCCUGAAGGGCCACGGGAAUAAAGUGCUGUGCAUGGACUGGUGUAAAGACAAGAGGAGGAUCGUGAGUUCCUCUCAGGACGGGAAAGUAAUUGUUUGGGACGCAUUCACCACCAAUAAGGAGCAUGCUGUGACAAUGCCCUGCACGUGGGUGAUGGCCUGUGCCUACGCUCCGUCCGGGUGUGCGGUGGCUUGUGGCGGUCUGGACAAUAAGUGCUCCGUGUAUCCGCUGUCUCUGGACAAGAACGAGAACCUGGCGGCCAAGAAGAAGUCCGUGGCCAUGCACACCAACUAUCUGUCCGCAUGCAGCUUCACCAACUCAGACAUGCAGAUCCUGACGUCCAGUGGGGACGGCACGUGUGCUCUGUGGGACGUGGAGAGCGGUCAGCUGCUGCAGAGUUUCCAUGGACACGCCGCCGACGUGCUCUGCCUGGACCUGGCGCCCUCAGAGACCGGAAACACCUUCGUCUCCGGGGGCUGUGAUAAGAAGGCCAUUGUGUGGGAUAUGAGGUCAGGCCAGUGCAUCCAGUCCUUUGAAACUCAUGAGUCAGACAUCAACAGUGUCAGGUACUACCCCAGUGGAGACGCCUUUGCUUCGGGGUCAGAUGAUGCCACGUGCCGACUCUAUGACCUGAGGGCCGACAGAGAGGUGGCCAUUUACUCCAAAGACAGCAUCAUCUUCGGAGCCUCCAGUGUCGACUUCUCGCUCAGUGGUCGGUUGCUGUUUGGCGGCUACAACGACUACACUAUCAACGUGUGGGACGUGCUGAAAGGCACUCGUGUGUCCAUCCUGUUCGGCCACGAGAACCGGGUCAGCACCCUGCGGGUCUCUCCAGACGGAACCUCGUUCUGCACCGGGUCCUGGGACCACACCCUACGGAUCUGGGCCUGAGUGUGUGUGUGUGUGUCACAUGCUGUAUCACUAUAUGUGUGUGUGUGUGUGUGUGUGUGUGUCAUGGAGAAGACUCAACUACUACUCCCGGCAACAUUGUCAGAUCACAGUUCAUUUGGACAUCAUAGAGACAUAGGCCUAGACCAAUCAGUAGCGCUGCAGAGGCCCCUCCCACUCUCCUAUGGGACAGACACAGAGGCCCCUCCCACCCUUCCACAGAGGCUCCUC